UCGACCUCGAGACAGGAAGGAAGCUCGGGCCACACGAAAACGGGGAGCUGUACUUCAGGGUUCCCAGCGUCAUGAGCGGCUACUACAAGCAGCCUGAACUGACAGCUGCUUUUAUAGAUAAGGAUGGCUGGUGCAAAACUGGAGACAUAGUGUAUUAUGACGAGAAUGGCCGCUUCUACUUCGUGGACCGCAUGAAGGACAUGAUCAAGUGCCUGGACCAGCAAGUGUCGUCCGCCGAGCUCGAGUCACUGCUGCAGAACCACGAGUGCGUCGCUGACGCUGCGGUCGUAGGCAUACCACGCACAGAAUACGGAGACGCGCCAGCUGCUUUCGUAGUGCUCAAGAAUCCGACAGCCGCUUCGGCGCAAACGGCCAGCCAGCUAAAGGCUUACGUCGCUGAAAACACGGAGACCUUCAAGCACCUUCACGGUGGUCUUGUCUUCGUUGAGAGACUACCAAGGAACGUCAACGGCAAAGUUAUGAAGCAGCAGUUGAAGCAGUUGUACCAGACGGCUACGGUCUACUAGGAGCCCACAAGCAUGGGAUAAG